GAAAUCGAUUUUUACUUUUAAUCUUCCUGGUUCUUGAUCACUCAUCAAUGCAGAGUAAAGACUAAUAUGGCAUCAUCCAGCAUCGUAGUGUGUGGUGUUUGUGAGUCUCAGCACACAACUACAACUGCGGAGUUCUGGUGUCCUGAAUGCGACGAAGGACUGUGCUCCAAAUGUUGGAAUUUUCACAAUGCAUCAAAAGCUCUACGUUACCACGGAGUCAUAUCUAUCGACAACUAUAAACAAUUGCCUCCAUCGAUCGCCAAUAUUUCACAGUUUUGUUCAGAGCAUAACAGAAAAUUCCAGAAUUAUUGUUUGCAACAUGAAAGUCUCUGCUGUCCACUGUGUAUCCAGUCCAACCAUGAUAAGUGUAUGGGGAUAUUAUCACUGGAGAAAGUCAUAGAAACCGCAAAGACUUCAGCCUUAUUGGAAAGUCUUGAUCUGAAUCUGAAAGAUAUCAAAAUGAAUGUCGAGAGAGUCGUUAAAGAUAGAAAACAAAAUCUUGCAGAAAUCCAAUUACAAAGACAGAAAUUUCACGACGAAAUAAAACAAGUCCGAAUUAAAAUAAACGAGCACCUUGACAACUUAGAACAGAGAAUACUUCAUGAUCUAUAUGCUGCCGAAAAGAAAAUUAAAUCACAAAUAGAAGACUUACUGGAAAAAGUUGCUGAAAAUACAGAAAAGGUGGAUCUACUGCAAACUGAUAUGAGAACUAUCAAAGAAUAUGCGUCAGACCUACAAGCAUUUCUUGGGAGUAAAAUGAUUGAGACAGAAAUUCAGAAACAUGAAAUAUUUAUCCAAUCUUUAUUUGAAGAUGCAAGUUUGCAGAAAAUGGACAUAAACUGUAAAUUCAAUGACACAGUAUCCGAUUUAUUGUCUUCAGUUAUUUCAAUAGGAUCAGUAUCCGUCCAAUCAAGCCCUCCGUUGGUUGUAAUGCAUACAGGGAAAGAAAAACAAGUACAGACAAGGUCUGUUCAACUUGCUCCACCGUCAGCUAUCAAAGAUAUUAAAAUGAAAUUACAAACAAAUAUUGAAUAUACAGGAGUCACAGGAUGUUCCGUUUCUUCUACUGGAGACAUCAUUAUUAUACACAAGCAAAGCAAUCGUGUACUGAUUCUAAACGAAGAUGGAACCUUGAGGAAUGGGAUACCCCUGUCAACUAGAAAUCCAGUAGAUGUUACUUUUAUCGAUGACAAGAAAAUCGCUGUUUCAUUUCCUGAUUCAAAACAAAUACAAAUCAUUAAUAUUACAACUAAAAACGUUGAACGCACAAGAAAAACGGCCAGUAAAUGCUACGGUGUAAGCUACAGAGAUGGCCAGUUGAUGUUUUGUGGUACUGGUAAAGGUAUUCAGAGUAUAAAGGUGUCAGGCAAAUUCACUUCUACUUUGGUUAAAGACGACACCUUGUCAAACUGGAGUUAUGUGGCAACAUCUGAAGACAAAAUAUAUUAUACCAAUAGCUCACACCACACAGUAACAUCCUGCUCAUUGACUGGAGAGAAGAUGUGGGAAUACAAAGAUCAAUCAGUAUGUUCUCCGCAAGGGAUAGCUGUAGAUAAAGACUCAAACGUUUAUAUUGCUUCAAAUGAUAAUCAUAGUAUAACUGUGUUAUCAUCGGAUGGAAAGCAAGCAAGGAAGCUGCUUGAACAAGAUGACGGAAUUGAUAAUCCUUUUGGACUAGCGUUUGAUGUGAACAAAGGCAAAUUGAUAGUUGCGAAUUAUUCUGAAUCUGCAGUGUACGCACUUUAUUAAGACACGAGUUCUGAUAACGUAGUUUACAGCUGCACUGGAAAUAUUGUAGAGAUACUUAAAUCUGCCUGAAAUCUAUUAAAAUGACAACCAUGAAA